GUGGAUGUGUCUCAGGAGGCUGAACUAUGACAGAAAAGAGCUGGACAGGAGGAGGGAAGAGUCCUCAGUUGGAUAACAAAGACGUACUGGUGUGGACUAAUGAGCGGGUCAUCAGCUGGAUUCAGGUCAUUCGGGCUGAAAGAAUAUUGUGGAAACCUUUAUGAGAGUGGUGUUCAUGGUGCGCUGCUCGCGCUGGACGAAACCUUGAUCACACGCCCUGGCCCUGCUGCUGCAGAUCCCUACCCAGAACACACAGGCCAGAGCAGCUCUUGAACGUGAAUACAACAGUCUGCUGGCAGUUGGCACAGACAGGAGAAUGGAUGAGGAUGAGGAUAAAAACUUCCGCCGUGCUCCCUCAUGGAGGAAGAAAUUCAGGCCCAAGGACAUGAGGGCCCUGGGUGCAUCCGAUACCCUGCCCGCCAACUUCAGAGUGACCAGCAGCAGUGCCGUAUCUCCCUCAGCUCAGCCAAAGAGAAGCCCCGUGGACGGGACUCAGUCUAUACAGAGGCUGGACACGGCCACAGUCAGGACCUACUCAUGCUAACGCACAACGGUAAGCUGAGGACCAACACAUGUGCACACAUACACACCUGAAAGUAGG